GGAGAGCUUUCUGUUUUGGUCGCUUCGGAAAGGGGAGGGAGCCGUCUGCCUUCCGCUUGUGGGGCUGGAGAGAUUGGCACACAAUGAGGAGUAGGACGCCGCUCUAGAUAACUACAACAAUCACAGAGGCCAGAGAAACAUGGAGAAUCAGUGCACGGUGCAGGUGAAGCUGGAGCUGGGACACAGAGCCCAGCUGAGGAAGAAGAUGACGUCUGAAGGCUUCACUCACGACUGGAUGGUAUUUGUGCGCGGCCCUGAGACCGGAGACAUCCAGCACUUUGUGGAAAAGGUCGUGUUCCGCCUUCAUGAGAGCUUCCCCAAACCCAAGAGAGUAUGCAAAGAGCCGCCGUACAAAGUGGAGGAGUCGGGGUACGCAGGAUUCCUCAUGCCCAUAGAGGUCUACUUUAAGAACAAGGAGGAGCCAAAAAAGGUUUGCUUCAACUACGACCUGUUCCUAAACUUAGAGGGAAACCCGCCUGUGAACCACCUGCGCUGUGAGAAACUGACCUUCAACAACCCCACCAAAGAGUUCAGGAGGAAGCUCAUCAAGGCCGGAGGGGUCUUGGUGGUUCCUGAAGGAGCAGAAGCCGUGUCCAGACCCAGUCCAGACUACCCCAUGUUACCCACAAUCCCCCUCUCCGCCUUCUCAGACCCCAAGAAAACAAAGACCUCUCAUGUGUCAAAGGAGCCCAGCAAAGAAGGAAGUGGAAGCAGUAAAGGACCCAAGCCACACAAAGUGACAAAGGAGCACCGAGAGCGCCCCCGAAAGGACUCUGAGAGCAAAGCAACGUCUAAAGGAGACACAGACCGGGACGGCAGCAGCAAGAGCAGCCGGGACCCCUCCUCUUCAUCGUCGUCUUCAAAAAAGCCCUCAGAAAUUAAAGUCAAAGAUGAAGUCAAAGUCCUCCCCAAAGCGGCUUUUAAGGAGCCGAAACUUACCCUGAAGGAGUCCAAGAUGGAGGGCAUGUCUCCCAAAGGUGGGGGUCCAGGUGCGGGUGGAGGCGGAGGAGGAGGAGGAGGGGGAGGGGGAGGGACAGGAGAGACAAAAGCUCCAGGAAAAAGACCUUCUACUGUGGACUCUCCGAAGCCUAGCAACAAGAAGCAAAAGAAGGGGAGCUCAGAAGGACCCAAGGGCGCUGGGGGCGGAGCGGGCUUCACCGGAUCGUCCCCGCGGGUGUCGUCUUCGUCCGCAGCGGGACAGGUGUACGAGAAGAAGCCCAAAGACAAAGGCCGAUGGGUCAAAGGUAAAAACGAUGCACUGGAAAUCAAAGAGGCGAAGAAACUACAGGAGUCUGAAGAGUCCAACUCAGAGGAUGAGGCGUCGUCGAAGUCAGAGCAGUCGGCUCCUUCGAGUGCCUCCAACUCCAGCUCGAGCUCAGACUCAAGUUCAGACUCAGACUUUGAACCUGGACAGAAACCAGGACAAGGCCCGUUGCGAUCGAUGGUGGAAGAGAUUCAGUCGGAGGAGUCAGAUGACGAUGACAGUACCUCAGAGGAGGAAACUCCUGUCAAAACCAACCCAGGAAACUCUCGCCUGAGCCUGGACAGUGAGAGUGACAGCAGCGAUGGGUCCCAUCGCCCCAGCAGAGACCCAGCCCCUCCCGCUCAGAAACACGGCUCCAACAACAACAAAGUGUCCGGCAGAAAGAGCCCCGACUCCACCUUCCGCUCGGAGAAGGUGCUGAAGAAGGGAUACGACAAGGUAGGAAGGGCUUAUACUGAAGAGUUGGUGGACCUUCAUCGCAGACUCAUGGCCUUAAGGGAGCGCAAUGUUCUACAACAGAUUGUGAACUUGAUCGAGGAGACGGGACACUUCAACGUGACCAACACCACCUUUGACUUUGACCUAUUUUCACUGGACGAAUCCACUGUCCGUAAACUACAGAGCUACCUGGAGGCCACAGCCACGUGACAGGACGCCGACCCUAAACAAAACUACCAAACAUCUACACAAACUAGACUCACAAGCACACAUGGGGUCUCCUUCGUGCUGCAUUCAAGGACUUCAGGAACAAAGUGAAGAAGAGGAGGACAAACUAGGAUUUUUACUGAACAAUGUUUUUACUUUUGAGUGUAUGCAGAGCGAUAAAACUCACCCCAAUUUCAGGGCUGCACAGUAUUAGAGACAAGAAACUGGAUUUUAAAUGUUGUUUUAAUCAUGUACUGCUCAAAUAUAUAACAUCCAAUUGAAAAAGGGCAAGGGGACAGACCCUCCAUGCACCUUUUAACCCGGAUUGAACCAUGCCUAGACGAGAUUUACCUGGAGUCAACUUGUAGCUAGCCUAAUACUACCUUUUUAAUUUGCAAAAAGUCUUAUUUUUAGAUCAUUUAAAUUAUAAUUGCGUCCAUAUAAUAUUGUGCAGUCCUGCCCUCUCCCCUGUCUGGUUCUCCCCACGUCUCAGUGCUCCUUCCUGGGCUGCCCCUCGCUGCCCCUCCCCCUGGGGUCAGCUGGAGCUCAUUUCUUUGCUGGCGUAUCCCAAAAAACCCUCCAAGUUCGGGCACAAGAGGCCGAGGCUCGAGUUAAGAUGUCGCCUUUGUGAGGGUCUCUGUUCACAAAGCUCAAACAACAGCUGGUGUCUCUCCUUCAGUGCUGCUUACAAACACAUUAGACGCAAAUAAUGGAAGAAAACCAGUCCAACGACGCAGUUUGUUUACAUGGCACUAAAAAAAUGAAAUUAUGGAGUUGAUAUGGACGUUUAAAGGUGCACUGCGUCACUUUUCCUGCUUGUAGAUUUUAUUACGUUGCCUGGAGUGUUCCUCAGUAUGACUUUAAUCUUCAUCUUCAGCUUUUAUUCAAUUAUAGCUGUUUAAAAAAGCCAGAAAACACAUUGGAAAACAUACAUUCUUACUGAGAUCUGGCUCGUCUCUCCACAGAUCUGACCCGUAACUUGGCCUGGUGGUGCUGUCGAGUUAAAUGCCAAUCAUGUGGAACAUUUCAGACAAAGAAAUAGUAUCUCCAUGUAGUCGAGCAGUUUGAAAAGUUACACAGCGCACCUUUUUAAAAUGCACCUGAAAUGAAGGUAAACUAUGCACAUUUGCUCUCAAUGGCAAAGAACAAUUUACAACUUGUGUCAAUUAUAUAAAUUAGUCCUUGGA